AUGGCAGGGAAAACAUGUCGCCGAGUGAGUCAAAGGGAUCAAGAGUUGCUUUGCGAAUUCGUGCGGAAAUCUGCUACGUGUGCGGCAUGCCAAGACCCAAAAUAUGUGCACGGUACAGAAGUGCGCCCCGGGCCAGAACGAAACCACCCGAAUCAGAAUCUCACUCCCACUCCCACUUCCAGUCCCACUGACAAUCCUCAUCGGAAAUGA